AUGAAGACAAAACUCGCAGCUUCAAUUACGAAAAUUAGAAUCGAGAAACAAGCACUGAAUCUACAAUAUCUUCUGCCCAUUCAUUUACGUGAUGAGAAGGUUGCGCGAGCCGUCACGAAUCCGAUUAUUUCGGGUUGGAUCAAUAAAUUUAAGUUCAUGAACAAGAAGUUGCUAUCGCAGAAGUUUUCAAAUAUGGGAUUUCGAGAGCUUGAAGGUGCCACAAAAGCUCACCCAAAGUCAUUUCGUUUUGAUAAAGUUUGUCCAAACUUCUUCUUUCUUUGGUAUCCACGUGAAAAGAGUGAAUUCUCUCAAGACAGUCUCGUUAAAGACCGCGAUGUGAUACUUCAGAACAAAGCAUUCUCGAUAGGACCAGCAAUUUUUGCUAAACUUCUAAACUAUUACGAAAUUGCCGGCGAUAUUUUACAAACUCACAUCUUGUCACCAAGAUCAACAGCAUAUUUGGCAUCACUGCUCAUUCGAAGUCGGUUUGUUGGAAAGUUUCGUGUGUUUGGUGCCGGAAGAAACUUCAAAGAAUAUCAAGCAUACUUCGAGAAAGUUGGAGCAACAAAUAUUAAACUUUAUGAGGAAAAGUUUCUUGGAUUUCCACGUCACAUUCUCGAGAAAACUGUUGCAAUUUAUUGUACACCGCCUUCGAGCUUUAGCAGUAUUUCCGAUCCCAUUGAGUUGAUUUGUAGUCGUGGUGGAGAUCUUAAGAUGCUUCAAUUUCUAAGUGAGUCAGAGAUGAACGACGACGGUCAGACACGUGCAGCUAAAAUUCUCGAGGAACAGAGAGCAUCCUUGAAAAGUGCCAUGUCAAAGCCACAAAUACAAUUCAUUCUGUACGAAACACAUUCAAUUGUCGAAGCUGAAAAUGGUGACAUGGUAAGACAUGCAAUGGAAUAUGUCAAUAAAAAAGCACAUGACAAGCAUAUUUUGAAAGCAAAGAAAGAGCAGGAAAGACUUGAGCAGCUUGAGAAGGAAAAGGAGAAUAUGCCAGGAAUUCCAACAGCGCACCGCGAGAGGGAACCAAAGAAGGAAAAAGUCAAGAAGGAAAAAUCUUCCGAGCAAUCAACGUCUGUAAAAAUAAAUUUAAACAAACUGAAAGGCUCAAUAAAAUCUGCCAGCAGCACGGAAAGCUUAGAGGAAGAAGAAGUGAAGCCGAAGAAUCAACCGCUCGAAGUCAGAAUUCCACUUACAGACAUCUUUGAAAUUGCACCGAUUCCCGACUUCUGUAUGAACAAAGACAACUGCGUCAUUAGACGAAGCGAGGGAUGCUUUUUAUCGUUGUUGAAGCGAAAGGAAAUUGUGAGAAUGGAUUCAAAAUAUCUUAUUCAAAUAGCGGAACUUCGUGGUAUCUUUGGUGAUAAAGACAAACCUAAGAAAACAAAAAGUAAAGCUCAAUUGCGUGCUGAGAAGAAACAAGAAGCAGCAAUGAAGAAAGAACGUGAUGCCCUCGAGAGACGAAAGAUUGAGAAGUUUAACCCAAGCAAUAUUGACAAGAUAGUUGAACGAUUGAUGAAGCCAACUCAAGCGACAAUAAUUCGCAUUACACGAGAUGAGAUAUGGAGAAGGAAAUAUCAUAUAAUGACACUCAGAUACAAUCAACUUUUUCCACCACGUUGUGCACGAUGCGAUUACUACUCUCAGAACUAUUAUUUUCUUUCUGAUAAAUUUGUAGCCAUUAAGCAGUUUGACGAUACAAUUUCGUUGAGAUUCGAAGAAGAAUCGUCUUUUCAUCAAUCUAUUACGAGGCGAAGAGCUGAAAAAUGGUGGAGUGAGUUGCUAAAGCAUUUACGGAAGCUUCAAAUGGCUGCAGCUUUAUCGGGAGUUAGAUUUUCGCUCGACACUUUAGAUAAAAAUUUAAUGCCGCCUUUAAAGCUUGUGAGAUUUCCACGCGGUUACGUUGCACCUCCGAUUCAGAAGAAGCGUUGUGAAGGUGUGAGACAACAGUAUUCAUUAUCGAUAACCAUUCUCGACAUUGAUCAUCCAGUUCGACGAAUGCGUCUCAAAUCUCGCAGUCAAUCAGUUACACCUCGACUAUUAACCUUGAAGAACUACAACAAAUGUUUCUUAUGUCUCAACGAAUACCUGCGAAUCAACAGUGGAAUUCAAUCGAAUGAAAACAUCUUUUUAAAGUGA